AUGGAGAAUGAAGAUUUUGUGCUCACAAAUGGUGCAGCCACAUCAAACUCGGGGGCUCCUCAAGUGCAAUCAGAUUACAAUCUCUUCUUGAAAAGGUGCUUCAUGGGGGAGAAUAUAAGCACGCAAGGGAAAUUGGCUAUAGAUAAAGCUCCUGAACAACCCUCAGUUGCUAUCACAUACCCAAGAAAGGAGUCUAUCCCUUAUAAGCCAAGAGAGACAAAGGCGAUGGUGUCGUCAUUAUUGGACGUGUUAGAACAACUGAAGAAAGCCCCAGCCAACAUCUCUGUAUGGGAUCUCCUUAGUAUCCCAGAGCAAAAUAAUUGGCUGAAAGAAGCUCUAUCCAAGGUGGGGAAAACUUCAGGCAAAAAUGUCACUAAAGCUCCACAGAUCAGCGAAGAAAGGUUUCAGCCCUCCGCAGAGAGAUCGUUCUCACCAACCAUGUUGACGAAUCAAGCCAUACCUCCUAAAUCCCAAAUGGAAGGUCAAUGGAUCCUAAAGUCUUUUCGUCUAGAAUUUGCCUACUCUAACAAUGAAGCAAAAUAUAAAGGACUGAUCCAAGGCUUAAGCUUGGCAGAGAAGAUGGGUACAAAGCAAUUGAAAGUUCUGGGCGAUUCUGAGUUGAUUGUGCACCAGGUUCGAGGAAUCUCUAGUGCCAAACAUGUCCAUAAGAGAUCCUAUCGCCAUAGGACAUGGGAUCUAAUCGAAAGCUUUGAUGCUUUCAACAUCCAGAGCAUUCCUCGAAAGACAAAUGCUUUCGUUGAUCAGAUGGCUACGAUUGGAUCAUAA